AUGCGAGACAACCGGGGGCCUCCGCUAGAACCAACUCCAGAUGAGCUACAGCGCAUAAAGCAGAAACAGCAAAGGAAGCGUCGUCGAGAGCGGGGACGCUUAGAAGCAAAGGGACGCAGGGCCGCGCAAACUUACAACCAUGUCCUAGAUUCGACUCUGGAACACAGCAGCAGCGAGGAGAACGAGGAAGAUAUCGAGCAGUCCAAGUUGGUCAGACCUGCAGAUCCUAAGCUCCACGCACUGACCAGAAGCUUCUUCAAUACUUUCCAAGGCUUAAACGUGGAGGAGAGUGUCUGUGGUUUGAACGUCGCCGGUAUGAUUGAUCACAAAGAAGGCGAGCACAAGGGCCAUUACAGCAUUCUAUACACCUUGCCCGGUAAGAUUGGCGUUCAGACUCGCGAUCGGCCCGCAGAACACCUGAUGCUUCGUGCACCUGUGACGCUGCAGUCACUUCUUGGUCAAAAACGGGAGAAAGGCAUCCGAUCUACGCUCGGGGCGCGUUUCGAUCUGGCUAGAAAGCUAGUGCGUGCCGUCUGCCUGCUUCUUUCCAGUGGCUGGUUACACAAGAACAUUCGCGCAGAUUCCGUGAUUUUCUUUCCAGAGCAUGUGAAUACACUCCAGGAGGAUCGAUAUGAGAGUAGUAUUGAGAUCGAUGUCUCGAAACCUAUUCUAAUGGGCUACAUCUUUUCACGGCCAGACGACGUCAUCACCCGGAUGGAUCUCGCUGCCACCUCACAAGAAUUGAGACCCGACAUAACAGCAAGACACACUGAGCAUACCAAUUUGUGGAUUGAGGGACCUAAGCCGGGCCAUCCCCGGUUUGACUCCAUAUACGGCCGUGACAUGCUACGAAAGAAUGAUGUGCCAGAGCAACCGACAGAGACAUACCUCAGUGGUUUCAAGCUUGACUACUAUCAGCAUCCCGCAAAGCACGCAAAUCCAAAGCGCCUGUAUCGUCACGCGUAUGAUUUAUACUCGCUCGGCAUUGUUCUACUUGAAGUCGGGCCAUGGCGUGGACUGCGAAACUACGAUGCUGGCGGUAGUAGCGUAGAGGAUCAUUAUGACCGAAGACGAUGGAUUUGUCGACAGUUUAUUGAUGAACUGAGAUGGGAAUGUGGAGAGACUUACGCUGAUGUCGUGCUCAGUUGUCUCAUGAUUGGUAGCAGUGAUGACGAAGUGGGAAAGGCCGAGCGAGAGGGAACUUUGUGCGAGAAUCUUGGCUGA